AUGAAGGAAGCGAGAGUGCAUCCGGGACCCAAGGUCACCAUCGAGGACGUGCCUUUCCCCGAGCUGCCAGGUCCAAAUUACUUGAUUAUCAAAGUGGUCGUGUGCGGGUCCAACCCCAAGGACUGGGCCAUUGCAGAAAGAUCCCCGGGCACGACGCAGGGCGACGACAUUGCGGGCAUCGUGCACUCCGUCGGCGCGGACGUGACCAACUUCAAGCCGGGCGACCGCGUCGCGGCGUUCCACGAGAUGCUGACGCCGUACGGGGCGUUUGGCGAGUACGGCGUUGCGCCGGAGGCGACGACGUUCCACCUGCCGGCGGGCGUGUCGUUCGAGGAGGGCGCGACGAUCCCGCUGGCGGGCAUGACGGCGGCGCUGGGGCUGUACCAGCGGCUGGGCCUGCCGGUGCCGUGGCUGCCGGCGCAGGAGCGGCUGCCGCUGGUCGUGUACGGCGCGGCGAGCGCCGUGGGCGCGUUCGCCGUCAAGCUGGCCGCCCUGUCCAACAUUCACCCGAUCAUCUGCGUGGCGGGCAGGGGCGCCGGCUACGUCGAGACGCUGAUCGACCGCUCGCGCGGCGACACCAUCGUCGACUACCGCGCGGGCGACGCCGCCGUCGUCGCGGGCCUCCGCGCCGCGCUGGCCGGCGAAAAGCUGCUGUACGCCUUCGACGCCGUCAGCGACAAGGGCAGCUUCCAGAACCUGAUGCACGUCUUCGAUCGCGACAGGGGCAAGCUCGCCGUCGUGCUGGCCCGCAAGCGCUACGAGGGCGUGCCCGACUCCUUCCACAAGUUCUUCACCCAGGUCGGCAAGGUUCACUCCGACCGUUACCCGGGCCUCAAGGGUGAGAAGAAGCUCCGCGGCCGGCUGGGCGACCAGACCUUCGGCGCGAUCAUGUACAAGUUCUUCGAGAGCGGCCUCCUCGACGGCUGGUUCAACGGCCACCCCUUCGAGGUUGUGCCCGGCGGCCUUCACGGUCUGCAGACCGGCCUGUCCAACCUGAAGGCAGGCAAGGCGAGCGCCGUCAAGUACGUGUUCAGGAUCGAGGAGACCCCGGGCCUGGCUGGCUCCAAGCUGUAAGAAGCCUUGAAGAUGCUUAGGUUAUAAAGCUCGAAUUCCUGUCUCGAGCAUCAUACUUUACUUCAGUAUGCUGGAAUUGGUAGUCAAAUCUCUCUUUAGGACGGUAUGAUUUAAUCCGCACAAGUUACAAGUAAGACAGGGUGUGCAACCGCACACAGUCGGAUAGCCAAUGUGAAACGAUUUUUUUCAUCUGGAAUGUGCUCCUUUGUUGGCACUGACACAAAAAGUCUGAUGAACAUUGGUGGCACUCGGCCCUAAGAUUCUCUCUCCUUAUGGCGAUUUUGUGAUAAUCGACCUCCAAACUGUUUAGGCUCGUCGAUGAUAAGUUUUCAAAGCCUUUUUCUAAGUCCUUGAUCCGGGUAUAUAUCUAUACAGAUACACAAAAAGUUGUCGUCAC